AUGGACUGGAGGGCUAUCGAUAUAUCGAUAGAGUGCCGCUGCAAUCAAAUGAAGCAAGAGCUGAUAUCAAUAAAAUGUGAUGCGCAAAACAUUAUAUGCCUACAAUCAGAGAUUGACGAACUUCACAAUGAAUUGCUUAAGCGGGACAUAGCAUUGAAUGCGUAUGACUGCCAAUAUGAACAGCUUAUGAAUGUUAUAUGUGAGCUGAAGCAAAGGUAUGGCAGUCGACGUAGCGAAUGUGUAAGCAUCAAUCCUUAUUCAGUCCCCGAGCGUUCUGCAGCGUGUCCAUCAGAUGUGGGCGACGACUUGGCAUUUUACACAGGGGCAACUCUCGACCACAUAAUGAACGAGCUGUGCAAACAAGCAGACUUUUUUAUCGAUAUAAAUCAGAAAAAAAAUUCAGAUGACCCAUCUAUCAAUUCAUUAGAGGACUGCAUGAGAGAAUUGGGUCGCCUUAGACAAUCACUUAAAGAGAAAGAUCGCCAAGUGGAAAAUCUUAUUGUAGAGAACGAGUGCCUCUGCGAUGCUGUCGAAAAAAAAGCAAGUGAAACUUUAUAUUCUGAGAAGAACUGCAACAUGCAAUUAACUUGCAUGAGGGAUUUGCUAAAGCAAAAGGACCAACAAUUGGAAGACCUUAUUGAUGAGAAUGACUGUCUAUGCGAAGCAGCUGAGAAUGGAAAAAAAAAACUUGAUGACUUGGAAUACCAAGUUCAGAAAUUAGACGAGAGUACAAGGUAUAUGGAGCAGGGUAUUAUCGAAAGCAUUGAUCUAAUUCAAGAUAUCGGAAACAUAGCACAAGAAAACGAUAGGCUAAAAGGGGAAGUUGGCAGCCUCAAGGAUAGUGAGGUCCAGAAACUCCAUAACCAAGUUCAGGAACUUAACGAUGGUAAUAGGUACCUAGAGAAAGGUAUUACAGAAAGCAUCGGAAUCAUUCGGGAUAUUGGAGAUGUAGCACAAGAAAACGAAAGGCUAAAGGCACAGGUUAGCAAUUUUAAAGACAGUGAGGCCCAGAAACUUUUUAACGAUCUUUCGAAGCAACUUCAGGAUUGCAGAGAGCAGUCGCAAUAUUUGCAGGAAAAAAAUAAAGCAUUGGGUGAUGCUUUGCAGUCAUUAGGCGGGAAUCCAAAUGAUAUAGAAAGCAAAAUUACACAUAAAUCUGCAACUGGAUCUUCUCCAAGUGGUCAACCUGGUGCUGGACUUGACAAAACACAAGGAGUACCAUCUAAAACUGGUACGGAACAAAACGCACCUGGAGUAGAAAUGCGAGAGGCCCUGGGAGUUGGAUCAAAGCCUCUCGUAGGAGCCGCCACAAAACGAGCCGACGAAUCGGAGGCAGACUCUAAAGGAGCGUCAGGACUUACUACUAAAGGAAUAACCGCAGAAGAACCAGUUUCUGGGCCACCAGCCACUGGGGGAUCGGCCGCUAGAGGACCAGUCGCUGGAGGACCAGCCGCUGGUGGACCAGCCGGUAAAGACCCAGCCCCUGGCGGAGCAGCUGCUGGGGGAACAGCCGCUGGAGGACCAGCCUCUUUUGGAACAGGGGCUGGAGGACCAGCCGCUACAGGAGCUGCCCCUGGAAGCGCCACCGUUGCAGAACCAGCUGCAGGAGGACCCACCACAGGUGGGCCAGCCGCUAUAGGACAAACCGCUGGAGGACAAGCCAUUGGAGGAGCAGGCGCUAGAACACCCGCCGCAGGGGAACCAGUCACUGGUAAGCCAGCCACUAGGGGACUAGUCACUGGGGAACCAGCGGCUGGAGGACCAGCCGAUGGAGGACCUCUUGCUGGAGGAACAUCCACUGCAGGAGCAGCUGCUGAAAAGCCAGCUACUGGAGGAACAGCCACUAAAGUAUCAGCCUCUGAAAGGCCUGCCGAAGGGGGACCGACCCCUAAAGGGCCAACCGCUAAAGGGCCAACCGCUAGAGGACCAGCCACCGGAGGACCAGUCGCUGGCGGACCAGCCACUAAAGGACCAGCCGGUGGAGACGUCGGAGAAUCAACGGGACAAUCCGCUGGAGGUAUUACAGAGCCAGCAGGGGGCCGAGAUGCAGGAGGAACACCUUCAGGACCUGCGCCGAGAGCAGCCGAAAAAACAGCUGCUACAGUUUCCGAAGGAGCGGCAAGACCAACGGGCACAGUUAAGAGUUCAGGACCAACAGUAAGUGGUCCCGGGCGUACUACAGGUCAAGAAAUAAAACCUGUUACAGUUCAGGACUCGCAGUCCAGUAAAGGACAAGCAGCUCUGACUGGUGCAGAACAAACUGACAGAACUGGUGCAGUCAAAGAAGCUACCAGUAAUGAGAAAAAUAUACCUGAAACUUCUCAAAAAGGAGUCGAACCUGCAAACGGCUUGGGAUCUAAAUCCAGACCAAUAUCAAGAUUAAAGGAGGGGCCUGCAGCUGGACUAACUUCCGGAGUUGCCGGAAAAGCAGUUCCCAGUCCAUCGACAUUCCAAGGGCAGAAAGGUAAAAUCAGAGCCUCGACAGCAGGAUUUGGAACAGAAAGAGAAUAUGGUAAAAGGCCUUCUAGCAAGGUCGCGAAGUCUGAAAAAAAAGGCUUCAAGAGCAAAGGGGAAACUGGAGGAGAGCAUGAAAAUAAAGGAAUACGAGCCUCGUCACGAUGCAGGGAUGAUGGACAAUUCGACGACUUUGUACGCCAUACUGUACAAUCCUUAUCAUCCGGCGAUAUCGAUGGCUGUGGAUUGGAAAGAGAGCUGCGCAAAAUACUCGAUAUGUUCGUUGAUGAAUGUGGAUUCUGCUUCUGCAAGUGCAAUAUUCCAAAAAGUCGAUUCUACGCGAUAUGUCAUAAGCUCUACCACCACGGCUUACACACAUUAGAAUUUAAAGAAUUGGUCUAUAUGCAUAAACGUAUAUAUGCCGCUGCCGAAAAUAUCCUUCCCGGUUGUUUAUUUAAUAUGAUAGUCAAGGAAAUGACUGGAGUCAGCUGCGCUCCGACUCUAUUAGCUUCCUUUAAUUCAUGUCCGUCGUCUGUAACAACAGCUUUAAAGUGCUGCAGCUGUAAAAACAUUAUGUGCUGUGACUCUAGUGAGGAAAAACUAAUGCGAAAAGUGAUGCGUUUGGAAAGUGACAUUGAGAAUGCUAAGAUGUGUCUUCAAAAUUUAAAGACUAUCCCAUCAAAACUCUCUAUCCCAAGAUGUCGUUUAAAUGUCUAUGAUUCAUCUGUUAGGGAUUUGAAAAUGGAACCAGUAAUGAAACUUUCAUUCAAGUGAGUUAAAUUUCUUAUAAUGAUUUAAUAAGGAGCCCAAGUAACUAAAUGA